AUGAACAACUUCCACGUCUACGAGGCCAUCGGCCGCGGCAAGCACUCGACGGUGUACAAGGGGCGGAAGAAGAAGAGCAUCGAGUACUUCGCCGUCAAGAGCGUCGACAAGUCGCAGCGGGGCAAGGUCCUCAAUGAGGUCCGAAUGCUUCAUUCCUUAGAUCAUGCGAAUGUUCUAAAAUUUUACUCUUGGUACGAAACCUCAGCUCAUUUUUGGUUAAUACUGGAGUAUUGUGUCGGUGGAGAUCUAAAGGGCUUGCUUGAGCAGGAUAAGAAGCUUCCUGAAAAUUCUAUACAUGACCUGGCUUAUGAUCUCGUGAAAGCUCUUCAGUUCUUGCAUUCACAAGGAAUUAUAUAUUGUGAUCUGAAACCAUCAAAUGUUCUACUUGAUGAAUCUGGGUGUAUGAAGUUGUGUGAUUUUGGAUUAGCAAGGCGUUUAAAAGACAUAGAGAAGACAGAUCCUGGAGAUGUGCCGCAACCUAUGAGGGGAACUCCAUGUUAUAUGGCUCCUGAGUUGUUCCGAGAGGGAGGAGUGCAUUCAUAUGCUUCAGAUUUCUGGGCACUUGGUUGUGUGUUGUAUGAAUGCUAUGCUGGACGCCCCCCUUUCGUGGGUAAUGAAUUUACCCAGCUUGUCAAAUCUAUAAUUUCAGAUCCUACACCACCUUUGCCUGAUAACCCAUCAAGGUCCUUCCAAAACCUGAUCAAUUGCUUACUCAUGAAAGAUCCCGCUGAAAGAUUACAGUGGUCUGAACUGUGUGAGCAUAACUUUUGGAGGAGCAGAAUGUCAAUUAUUCCUUUACCUCCUCAACCUGCCUUUGAGAACAUGGUUGAACUUUCUGCUACACCAUAUUUAGUUGAGAGAAAUGGUGAUAAGCCUUUAAGACAGGCUACACCACCCAAGCCCCGCGAUGGUCUACGGAAGAAAGAUGAAAAUUCAGCUAAGGUGUUCUCCACCCCUGUUAAGAAUAUGCAAAGCAGCAAGAAAAAUAAUACAAAACCUUCCUGCAAGGCUGACGGGUUGAAGGGUGUAAAUAUCCUCAGGAUGUCUCGCAUAGCUAAGAAGAAUUUGCAGAGGGAAAGGGACAAGGAGAACUACAGGCGACAUCCUACAGAAGCAUCUGAGAAUGAGACUGAAGUUAAGAUUGAAAACAAUGAUAUGGAACUUGAUUUUGGUGAAAAUCCAGAAGGUGAUGCACCUGAUGAUAAUGAUGGACCAGAAAAUCCUGGAUCCACAGAAGAUGAAAAACUUUCCACUCAAGGGACUGAUGGAAAUGAAGAGAAUUGCAUGAUAAAUCAGAUGGAUAUGCUAACAGAUGAAGCUCCAAUUAAGGCUGAAGCCACGAUAAAAACUGAGCAGAAUUGUGCAGAAAAUCUUGAUGUUGUGGCCACUCCACCAAGUAUAUGUAUGAGAAAAGCACAACGAGCAAAGAUAACCUCAGUUGCCACAGCUGGUUCUGAGCCAUCUGACAUCUCUGCAGCAUUCUGGCAUCCAACAGAUCUUGCUGUUAAACCAGUUAUGCCUAGUAGGAAAGGAGAUAAAGCUGUAGAGACAGUCCCCAUGCUUCCAUUUGAAGCUCUUCCUGCUGCAGAUUAUAUUAAAUUGCCACGGGAACAGAUGAAUGCAUUCAAUGGUCAGAUACUUCAGAGCUUAAGUGGAACUUAUCAGGUUUCAGAGAAACAGAAUAUCAUCAAAUACCUGGAGAUGUUAAGCAUCAAUUCUGAUGCUGCAAAUAUAAUCACAAAUGGUCCAAUUAUGCUGUUGCUUAUAAAAAUGCUCCGACUGUCAAAAACUUCUGUCUUGCGUGUCCAAAUUGCCUCACUUAUGGGUUUGUUGAUACGCUACUCGACUAUCCUUGAUGUAGAACUGGCAAGUUCAGGCAUCCUUAAUGCAUUAUCAGAUGGUCUAAGGGACAAGCAUGAUAAACUCAGGAGAUUCUGUAUGGCAACACUAGGAGAAUUAUUGUUCUACAUUUCUACUCAAUCAGAUCAAGAUACCAAAGAAAUCAAUGCCCAAGAAUCCCCUUUGAAGGAUAACAGACCCACAGCUUCUUGGCAGGUUCCAAGUUCUGUAAUUGCGCUAGUGUCAUCAAUCUUGCGUAAAGGCGAAGAUGAUCUUGCCCAGCUUUAUGCUUUACGAACAAUCGAUAACAUCUGCAGCCAAGGGACAGAUUGGACUUCACGUUUUGCUUCCCAAGAUGUAAUUGGUCACCUGUGCUACAUCUAUAGAGCAACUGGGAAGCUGGAGAAUACAAGACUUAUUGCAGGAUCUUGUUUGGCACGCUUAGCUCGCUUCAGUUCAUCCUGUAUUCAUUUAAUACUGGAGAGGCUAUCAUUCAAGGAUAUAGCAUGCACACUCAUUAAAGGCAAUUCACAAGAGAAACAAUUGGUUCCUGGACUCAUCUCUAUUGUAGAACAGGGAACUGAUGUUCUGCGUGGCAAAACCCUUCUAUUUAUUGCUCUUCUUUGCAAGAAUAGUCGAAGAUGGCUUCCUCAUUUCUUUUGCAAUGCAAAGCUACUAUCAGCAGUUGAUAGAUUGGGAAAGGAGAAGGAAGGUUUCAUUCAUCAGUGCACAGAGUCAUUUGUGCAGUUGGUUGCUUCAUUGGUCCCAGGCAUCCUCGAUACUGUCUCCAGUGAUAUACAGCAGGUUAUGGGAGGUAAGCGUCAUGGAGCUGCUACUGCUUUAACUGGACGAGCUCAUCCAAAGAGCACAAUACAUUUGUUUCCUGUUAUCCUUCAUCUUCUUGGGAGUGCUUCAUUCAAUCACAGAGUUGUUACGAGUCAUGUAUUGCUUCAGCUGGCAAAUCUUAUGAAAAUUUUGGAAGCUCCAUUUCAGGCUCGGGAUGAUUUUCAAAUGACACUAUUGCGGGUUCUUGAGGCAGCCACGGAGGAGCCUAAGGUUAUACUUAUUGAACACAAAAUAUUCACAAGUCGAAUCCUCCCAAGCUUAUCUGUCUUGUACAAAGGCAACAAAGAUGGUGAUGCAAGAUUCUUGUGUUUAAAGAUACUGUCUGAUGUGAUGAUUGUGAUCUUCAGUGACUCUUCAUUGACGUCCGAUGGACAAACGGUAUCUGAUCUGAAAACGAUCUCUCAAAAGUAUUUUCUCCCCAUGUAUCCUUUAUUUUCAGAGGAUGAGGAUCCAAUACCUAUAUAUGCCCAGAAACUUUUGGUAAUGCUGAUGGAGCAUGAUUAUGUUAAGGUUUCUGAUAUUCUCAAUGAAGCUACAGUGUCCAGGUGCUUUGAGUUCUUGUUAGGAGAUUUGUCAAAUGCAAACGUAAGUAAUGUCAAGCUUUGCUUUGCUCUGGCAUCCGCUCCCGAUAUGGAAACCAAUAUUCUUUCUCAGCUUCAAGUCGUCAGAAGAAUAGGCAACCUGCUUGAGUUUGUGACUGCAAAGGAUAUGGAUGACUUUCUUGAACCAACCUUGGAACUUUGCAGAGCAUUCAUUAUCCGUGGCAUUGGCAGCGACAAAAUUCUGGCCCUUUCCAAACAGCCUGCACUCAUUGUUGAUAGUGCCUUCAGUAUGAGCAUUGCUGUCGAUCAACAAUCAUGCGUCAUGGAUAUAUGUGACUUUGGAGGCAAUAUGGGUAUUUAUAUUGACCUGGUUGGAAGUUCAGAUCCGCAUAUAAGCGAUUUGGCAUCAGAUUGCUUGGUAUUGUUACUCAAAGCAGCACCUCGAGAGGCUACCGUGGGCUUGUUGACCAAUCUUCCUAAACUGAGUGUUGUUCUGGACCUGCUGAAGCAUGGCACCUGCCUAAGGCUGACUCGCCUGCUGUAUUGCCUAGCCUUCUCUUGCCGGCAAUAUCUAGCUCAAGGGAUGAUUGUCUCGAUAUCUUUAUCAGCCUUGAUGCGAGUAGAAGCACUUGUGUCAACAUUCAAGGGUUCACAUGAUGGCCACCUUGCUGACGCUGCCUCAUAUCUGGGCGCUGAACUGCAGCGCUUACCUCGCUGUGGUUGAGCAGAAGUUUGGUCAGAUGCAGGUUGGUCGGCAUUGUGCAAGUGAUGUUUAUGGGGAUCAUAAGAGAGGGCUUUGGCCUUGUAUUUCUUAGUUUCUUCAACCAAGCUCUGAACAUGGGCUCACCAUCGGUUGCCCUUAAAUGCCCACGAAGUGAUGGAACCUUCACUCACCAAUGUGCAGGAGAUCAGCUGUGCGAUCAUUUAUUUAUGUGCAACAUGGAGCUGCCAUUUCAAUAUACUAUUUCAAGCCAGAUUUGGGAAAAGCAGCCGGUGGCCGAACACCCUUUCAGUAUUUUCCCCUGCCAAUUUUGGUUGGCAUCUCAUUCUUCAGUUUUCAGUUUCACCAUGUAAUUCUGUAGUAGUACUUCAUAGUCCAUAAACAUGUAUAUUUGUACACUCCCUUUCAGUACUUACCAAGCAAUGGAUGGAAAUUUAUUUGUUAUGAAUGCCUGUGACUAUGUGAACCAAGAGGACUACUGGACCGUUGUGCUAUGAAUCCAGCUGCCAAAGUUUAAGUCCUU